GGCAGGGCUCGGCUCGGCUCUGCGGACCCGGCACCAUGGCAGCGGCGGAGAAGGAGGGGGAAGCCCAGAAACUGCGGUUCGGACCGUGGCUGCUGAACGCCAUCGACAGCGGGACCUACCGGGGGCUGCGCUGGAUCGACUCUGCCCGCACCAUCUUCCGCGUCCCCUGGAAGCACAACGCCAGGAAGGACAUCACCAGCAGUGACCUGGAGGUCUUCAAGGCCUGGGCAAAGGUCAGUGGGCGGUAUGAGGAAGGCUCCGAGGACCCGGCCAAGUGGAAGACCAACUUCCGCUGUGCCCUGAGCAGCACACAGAUGUUCAAGCUGGAAUACGACCAUUCCAAGCGUGGUGAUGACCCCCACAAGGUCUUCUCCAUUGUCUCAGGUGGUCUCCUUUCAGCCGCCCUCCAGGACAGCAAGGAGGGAGAUUCCAGCAUCCUGAACCCUGUGGUGGCCCAGCAGGUGGCACACGAGCAGCUGCAGCUGGAGCUCCACCCCCAAGACGUGGCCUCAGCAGUCACCGUCCCAGAAAGCACCGACCCCACACAGCUCUCGAUUCUGGAGGAGCUGCUGCAGCAGUGUGACAUCUCUCCCCGCAACUUUUGUUUGCUGGCCACAUCCUGUGCAGAUGAUUUCCCUGCAGAGGACAUUCCCCACCAGGACACCCUGCUCCAGCCUCACCAGGACACCUUGCUCCAGCCUCAUCAGGAGACCCUGCUCCAGCCUCAUCAGGAGACCCUGCUCCAGCCUCACCAGGACACCCUGCUCCAGCCUUAUGCAGACAUCAGCCGAAACAGCUGCUUCCCUCCCACGACAUUUCAAGAAUGGGUGCCCACGGUGGAGCAGCCUACCUUGGACACCUACCAACCAGCGGGCCUCGUGCCACCGGAGGAGACAGGGGCUGUGCCAGCACCGUGCCAGCUGACGGAGGCCACGGUCCCCGUGCAGUACGCGGCGGAGGCGACGCUGUUGGUGCCUGCUGCCAGCCCUGUGCCACAGCCACAGCUGCUGCGGGCUAACACAGAUGGCAUCCUGGAUGUCACCAUCUACUACCGGGGGAAGGAGUUCCAUCGGGAGGUGGUUGGGGGCAGCCACUGCCUGCUGACCUACCAGCCCCCCAGCCUGGCGGAGGUGCCUUCCCCCUGGCACGUGGUGCACUUCCCCAGCCCCGCCAGCGUGGCUGACGGGAAGCAGCGGCGCAUCACCGAGGAUCUGCUGGGCGUCGCGGGGCUGCAGCUGGAGAUCCGCGCCUCCAAGGUCUUCGCCACCCGCCGGGAGAAGUGCAAGGUGUUCUGGGCCUUGUCCCAACAGCUCGAAGGGGGCGAGGAGCCCCCACCCAACCUGCUCUACCGGAACCAGGAAACGCCCAUCUUUGACUUCAGCGAGUUUCGCACGGAACUGAUAGACUUCUACAAUGGCCAAAGGCGGCGAUCCCCUGAUUUCACCAUCUACCUCUGCUUUGGGCAGGCCUUCUCCAAGGACAAGCCUAAGGAGUCCAAGCUCAUCCUGGUCAAGCUGGUACCCAAGGUCUGCGAGUACUACUAUGAGAAGGCGCUGCAGGCAGGAGCCUCCUCCCUGGACAGCCACACCAUCAGCCUGCAGCUCUCCAACUCCUUCGACCUCAUGGAGUUCAUCGAGCAGUACAACAUGCAGCUGGGCUGACCCACACCUGCCCCGCUCCCCACGGCCAGGCACAGGCAGCAGCACCACUGAGCAUCCCAGGCUCUGCAAACCAGCACCCCCCAACCCAAGGGCAGCUUCACCCGAGGACCACUUCUGGAGCUCACACGUUGCUUUUCCCCUCCGUCAGCUUCUAGUCUGUGUUUUUGUGGAGUGUGGUAAUCUACUGAUUUCUUAAUUUUUCCAAGUUAAAAUAUAUAUGUAUAGAAAUGUAGUUCUCU